CGAACUUAGACGUAUUGGACAUGUUAUAACAGUAUGUCUUCUUGACAUGAAGAAAUUCGGUUUAAAAAUGUCGAUGUUGAUUUUAUUUUUCAACGCGUUCGUUCUUUCGGGUUUACAUUUUUAAAAAUGGUCUGCGUGUGGCGCUGUCACGGAGGCUCGCGGUAGCUCGUUAGCACGAAGGGAAAUUAGAGCUAGCAUGUUAGCAUAGAGCGGUACAGGUAGGCUAACAUGCUACGUGUACACACUGGCCUCAAGAUGACCGGAAAGCUGGAAUUUUAAUCUCUUGCUUGGACAGGUUCAUGGCAAAAUUACAUUUGACUAAAAGUCCACAUGGAGGACACUAAAGCACGACCUUGGAGCACGUUGACGACACGAUGGUUAAAAAGUGAAAUAAACCAAUGCAUAUUCAUUGGUGGAUGAAUGUCUUUUCAAACGAUGAUGUUCUCGUCGAGAAGGAAGCCUGUACUCUACUUUAAGGAGGAGAGAAGGUUUCUGCCAAGGAGAUGUUCGGUAUGGAAGCUCUUUGGACUUUGUCUCCUGCUGCUGCUCGUCUCAUUGCUCUGGCUGCAGCUCAGCUGUUCUGGAGACAUGGCCGCCCCCCCGCACCAGGGCGCAGGGCUCCCUCAGCAGCCGUGCCAGCCUGAGAGUCGGGCUGAGGCCACCGGCGGGGAUGAGACGUCGUGGGGUCCUCAUGCUCUGACUGUUGUGGUCCCCUUUAGGGAGCGCUUUGAGGAGCUGCUGAUAUUCGUCCCCUUCAUGCACACCUUCCUCAACAAGAAGAAAAUCCGCCACAAGAUCCUCAUCGUCAACCAGGUGGACCAUUACAGGUUCAACAGAGCGUCUCUCAUCAACGUGGGCUACAUGGAGAGCGACAACGGCACAGACUACCUGGCCAUGCACGAUGUGGACCUGCUGCCUCUCAACGAGGCACUAGACUACUCUUUCCCCGCCGAUGGACCUUUCCACGUGGCCUCGCCCGAGCUCCACCCCAUCUAUCAUUACAAGACCUACGUGGGCGGCAUCCUGCUGCUCACCAAGGCACACUACCGCAUGUGUAACGGCAUGUCCAACCGCUUCUGGGGAUGGGGCCGCGAGGACGACGAGUUCUACAGACGACUAAGGAAAGCACAGUUACAGUUGUUCCGGCCGAGCGGGAUCACGACGGGAUACAAGACCUUCCUGCACGUGCACGACCCCGCCUGGCGCAAGAGGGACCAGAAGCGCGUGGCGAGCCAGAAGCAGGAGCAGUUCAAGGUGGACCCUGAGGGGGGGCUCAGUAACCUGCACUACCAAGUGGAGUCACGGCAACAGCUGACCAUCGCGGGCGCUCCGUGCACGGUCAUCAACACCAAACUGGAGUGCGACCAGGAGGAGACACCGUGGUGCCUCCUCACCUAAACCACAAUAAAGCUGUGCCUGUCAGCCCUCCCGUUUUCACCGGGAAACUACCACAUUUUGCCCUUCUCGCCUGGCGCCCUCCUGUUUGUAAGAGUUCCCGUAUUUUAACUUCCAUGGAAAAAAUAAAAUCCUCACCGGUUUGCUCUGCAACAUCAAAAUAAUACACCCUUUAGUCAGACCUUCAACAUAAAGAAGCGUUUCAGUAAAAUAACACGGCUGUACCCCAGUAGGCAGUCGGGUCUUAACACCAGUGAAAAAAACACCCCCCAAAAAACAACUUUCCCCACUUAUUUUAUAAUGCCAAUGUUGACAGGGAUGCCACAAACUUUUAUUGUGAAAGGUUCUAAGGAGGAAGACGUUUAAGUUCAGCAGGUGGCGCUGUGCCUGCUGCUCUUGCUGUGACUGAAGUAGACUGCACCCGCCAGCAUGUUGCUUGUUUUUUACAGUGCAGUCCUGCUGGUACUUAUUUAAUGUCAGUUUUAAACUUAGUUUUUACAAGCGCUAAUUACUGUAUGUAGUGAGGCUAGCGGCUAGCCGAGUGUUGACAGAAAGUGGUGUCGUGACAUUUUCCUGUUGACAUCUCAAUAACUGAAUGUUUACUUGAGCAAGUAAAGUGCAUUCAAAUGUUUUUUUACUGGACUUUUCAUUGAUGGAUGUAAAAUGACGUGGCUGAACAAUAUCAACCUCAGACAGCUGUCUAUAAACACCAUUUGUCAGCAAUAAACUAUACAAUUGGAA